AGAUGUGAAUGAAUGUUUGUACAACAACGGAGGGUGUCAAGGCGAAUGCUGUAACAGCAUCGGGAGUUACUACUGCAAGUGCCAGGCCGGCUAUGAACUCUCACCCGACGGCAUGACAUGCAGAGAUAUUGAUGAGUGUCGUAUUCAGAAUGGCGGUUGUACUGCAAGCUGCAGAAAUUCGGAAGGUAGCUUUGCAUGCGAAUGCCCUGUGGGUAAAAGGCUGCAUUCCGACGGCAGAACAUGCGUUGCUGAAGAUCCUUGCCUGGUCAGAAAAGGUGGCUGUGAGCAUGAGUGUAUAUCACAGCCCAACGGUCACUACACCUGCCAAUGCUACGAUGGCUUCAAGUUGUCACCCAACGGAAUGUCAUGUGAACGUGCAUAUUCCUGUAGGGUAGAGAACGGGGGCUGCCAACAUAAAUGCAUGACCUAUGAGGACAACGUCCGAUGCAGCUGUGAUACUGGAUACGCUCUGAUGCCAGAUAUGAAAAGAUGCACUGAUAAGAAUGAAUGCGAUCUUGGGUAUCACUCAUGCUCCCACAUUUGCGUAAACACCGAGGGCUCGUUUCGCUGCGACUGCCCGGAAGGUUACUUGCUGGAUGGAGACGGUGUCACAUGUUCACAUGACUCGACAGUGCGUUUGACGCCAGUGAAUCCAUGCGACAAUCUACAGUGCCAGCACAACUGCACGCUUACUCGUAGCAACAAUGCACUGUGUACCUGCCCAAUCGGCUUCCAGCUACAGCCCGACAGGUUGACGUGUGCUGACGAGAACGAAUGCGCCAACGACCAGUCCUGCUGCAGUCAACUCUGCUACAAUAACGAGGGUGGUUACUCCUGUGGCUGCUAUGCCGGGUACCAACUAAGCCAAGAUGGCUGCAACUGUGACGAUGUGGAUGAAUGCGUCAACAACAGAGGGGGCUGUGAGCAGUUGUGUCGCAACGUUGACGGGUCGUACAGAUGCUACUGCAACCAGGGUUAUGAACUCGAUGGCGACGGCCGAAGCUGCAUACGUGUUCUUCCACCUGUCAACCCGACCAAUCAGGCGUUCGAAGAGCCACCAGUCCGGACGAAGUGUCUCUUCGGUGCGUUUGGACCAGACUGCGAGUUCAGCUGUUCCGAUUGCCAGAACGGCGCGCUGUGCAAUUUCAAGCAAGACGCUUGCGACUGUCCGCCAGGCUGGACCGGUCACAUCUGCAAUGAGACUUGCCCGUCGAAUACUUUUGGUCAGGGUUGCAAUGAGGUUUGUCCUUGCAUCAACGGUGGCACAUGUGACCCUGUCAACGGCGCUUGUACGUGUCCAGUUGGAUUCAAAGGAGAAUACUGCAGCGACGGCUGCCCGGUUGGAAUGUUUGGAGAUAACUGCGACCGCUACUGUAACUGCCCCAGCGGUGUGCCCUGCGAUAAACGCUACGGCUCCUGUCUGUGCCCAGGCUCGUUUGGACCUUUCUGCAACCAAAAAUGCCCGGAUUUCUAUUUUGGAACUGGCUGCACGGAGCUCUGUGAUUGCAACAGUCACUUCUCCACGGGAUGCGACGCUCUGCAGGGAACGUGCAACUGCAAGCCAGGCUACGAGGGCGCAAGAUGCGAAAAAGAAUGUCCAUCGGGAUUGUGGGGCGAGCAGUGCCGUCACGUCUGUCAGUGUCGCGAUGUCUCGUCUUGCAGCAAGGUCACCGGUGACUGCUCCCGCGAGUGCCCAGCCGGCUACUAUGGGCAAGCCUGCGAACAUCAAUGUUUGGAUGGAACGUGGGGCGUGGAUUGCAAGCAGAACUGCAGCUGUCCGCUGAUCAGUCAGCUGUGCGACAAAAGCAACGGCGAGUGUCUCUGCCCGCUGGGCUUCUUCGGAGCAAACUGCACCACCAGGUGUCCCCGCGGCCACUACGGUCUGAUGUGCCGUCAUCAGUGCCAGUGCCAAAACGGAGGGGCUUGCAACGCCGAGACUGGAAUGUGCACCUGUGCCCCGGGAUGGAGGGGUCCAACUUGCAGUGAAGAAUGUGGCGCUGGGUAUUUCGGCCAAGUAUGUGCGGAACGUUGCGAGUGUGAAAACAAUGCCGGAUGUGACCCAGUCACUGGAGACUGUAUAUGCACGCCGGGCUGGAGCGGACCUCUAUGCAACGAAGUGUGUCCGCAUGGUGUCUACGGUGAGAAUUGUGAGAACGCCUGCGUGUGUUUGCACGAGGCGCGGUGUGAUCACAUCAGCGGUUCCUGUGAGUGCUUACCGGGAUGGAGGGGAGCCAUCUGCGACAAAGCUUGCCCUGAUGGUUACUGGGGUUACGAUUGUCAGAAUAUCUGCGCCUGUGGACACGGGGCCCGUUGCGACCCCGCCAACGGCCAGUGUAACUGCCGACCGGGCUACACUGGGGAUUACUGCGAAGAAGAGUGUGCACCUGGCGAGUGGGGCAUGGACUGUAUCUACCCGUGCGACUGCGAGAACAAUGCAAUCUGCGAUCACGUGACGGGACGCUGCAUCUGCGCCAACGGCUGGAGAGGAAUACGCUGUGACAAAUCUUGCUCGCCAGGGUUCUACGGCGUGAACUGUGCACAGCAUUGCAUUUGCCGCAACGGUGCUACGUGCCACUCAGUAACUGGCGAGUGCAUCUGCCCGCCGGGAUUCAUUGGCCGCGCUUGCGAGUUUGAGUGUGCACCAGGUUUCUUCGGUCCGGGCUGCGAUCAGGUCUGCGAGUGUCUAAACGGUGGCACGUGUAAUCCGGAGGACGGGUCAUGUGUGUGCCAGGCUGGCUGGUACGGAAGUCACUGCGAAGAAGAGUGUAUGGCGGACUACUGGGGCAAGAGCUGUAUGCAGCGCUGCCUGUGCGUGAGCGGGGGCUGUGACAGCGUGACCGGGGCCUGCACUUGUGUGCCGGGUUGGAGGGGAACCUACUGCAGUAAACCUUGCCAGGGAAGCUUCUACGGAGAGAACUGCUCGCUCCAAUGUGCUUGUGGAGAGGACAACCCAUGCAAUCACAUUACUGGAAACUGUACAUGCCCUGCCGGCUUCAGUGGUCACGAAUGCAGCUUGCCAUGUCCACAAGGCAGCUGGGGUGAGCGGUGCGCCGAGGUUUGCGACUGUGUGGAAAACGCCCUCUGCGAUUCGGUGACAGGAGAAUGCCAAUGCAAACCGGGCUUCCACGGGAAACACUGCACUAAAGAUUGUCACCAUGGUCGUUACGGGCCCAAUUGUCACCAGCAUUGUGUCUGCGGUAACGGCGCGUCGUGUGAUUCUACUGACGGCACUUGCCACUGUCAGCCCGGAUGGAUUGGACCAACAUGUGAUCAGGCUUGUCCUGAAGCUACCUAUGGUAUGUUCUGCUCGGAGAAAUGCGACUGCGACAACGGCGCCCCCUGUGAUCAUGUGACCGGCACGUGCCGGUGUCGACCAGGCUUUGCUGGCGACCGCUGCGAAAGGAUUUGCCAGACGGGAACCUAUGGUCUGAACUGCGAACUCAUCAAGGAUUGUCACAAUGGGGGCGUGCUGAACUCAUCCAUUGGACUGUGUUCAUGCAGUCUGGGCUGGACUGGCGAAACAUGCCAAGAAGAAUGCCAGGCUGGUCGGUAUGGCCCCAACUGCGAGCUGGAAUGUGCCUGUGAAAACGACGGACGCUGCGAUCGCAUGACGGGCUGCUGCGAGUGCCAUGACGGUUUCUUCGGCCAGCGAUGCGAGUACAUGUGUGAGCCAGGUUUCUACGGGUCCUACUGCAGCCGUCAGUGUGAGUGUCACCCAGCCGCCGAGUGCGACCCGGUCAGCGGUCAGUGUCGCUGUCCGCCGGGCCGGACGGGACCGGAGUGCAAGCAGUCCUGCCCGCUGGGCUUCUACGGCCCCAACUGUCUGGACAUGUGCAACUGCGUCAACCUCACCAUGUGCAAUCCGAUCAGCGGGAGGUGCGAGUGUCCGCCGGGCUUUACCGGGCAACACUGCGAAGAAGAAUGUCAAGAUGGCCACUAUGGUCCCAACUGCCAGUUUGUCUGUUCCUGCGCCAACGGCGCUACAUGUAAUCCUACAGUUGGAAGCUGCGAAUGUAUAGACCAGUGGAUGGGCCCAACAUGCGAACAAGGAGGACCACUCCAUUUCUCAGGCAUAAGGAGAGGUGAUAUCGGCCCCGAUGUAUAAAACCCCUUCAAUGGGCAUGCUGCAAGCUAGCUAGGCUACUCAUUCAAGACUGCUGUAACAUGGAAAGUAAAUAGUUUGCUCUGUAUGGUGCGUGUAUGUGUUGUGUGUGCUUAAAGAGAGAGAGUUUGAAACCAUAUGAUUUAUGAGAGUGCUGGUCACAAGUUAAUAAUGCUUUCAGGAAAAAAAUGAAAUUCUCGGUGAUGUAAAAUACAUCUUUUCAACGUCUGGAACUCCUUGCUCUCACACAAACUAUCUUCUCUGUUAACCGUAGAUUAUUACUCUUUGGAAAAUAGUACAGAGGCACCCCGGAACAUUACCUAUUUUUUAUCUUAUUUAUGGCAGUGCACUAUUUAGGUUCACCUUUAUAGGCUGGUUCCUUUCUAACAAUGGAACCCAUAGGGAUCAUUCCGUGUAGAGGCUUCGGGGCACAAGUCCAAGAUGGCAGAGCUGCAUAACAAAAUGUGCACUAGAAGAGUGAUAGAGGGUAUAUGGUUGAAAGUGAGAAAGUGUGAGACAAGUUUUUAAGGCAUUUUUUUCCUCAUUUCAACUCCUGUUUAAAACUUUGUAAGAUCUCUGCUUUUGUUUGAUAAUCCGCCCAUAACACUAUGCUCUAUAUGAAAUAAGGGGGAAAAGUAUGUUAAGUAUGUUCAGAAAAUAAAAAUGACACAAAUAGGGAAAGGAUCAAAAGUACCACAAGAAAUUACAUUUGAAUAUUCUAAUUGAAAAAAUGGGAAUGUUACUUAUUUUAAAUGAGAAAGACAGUUUUUACAUAAUAGCCUAGACAUUUUGAUUUUAAUACCUAUUUAUAGCAUCAAUAACUGUAUAUAGUAACAAAGCUAAUUGCUAAAAAAAAUAAUGAAAUUGCUAGGAAUAAUUUUUAUGCAAUUCUCUCUUUUUUUUUGGAAUAUUAAUUCAGCUUUUGGUGCUCAAUUUGGGGAGAUUUCGUUUCCCAGGUUUUUUUUUUCCCCGUGGAUGAUACGGGGCAAGUUUUGAGGUUAGAACAGGUUAUCUUUAGCUAUUCUUUGAUCAUUUUUUUUCCACACAAGUACCCUACCAAGAAAUGCAAUAUGAAACUUGCCAUUUUGUUUUUUUGCAAGAGAAAAAGCUUGGCCUGUUUGAAAGAAAACCCGAUAUAAAUGAUAUCUCCGGUUCUUUUUCCCCUUUAAAUAAUUUAAAAGCCAUUGCAGUAUUAUGUUUUUUUGCUGAUGCAAAAAUAGAGCCAUCUUGGUCAUCGCAGUUUUUGAAACACACUUGUAUCAUGAACAACGAACAGUGUUCUAUAGCGAAAUUGUGGUGCCAUAGCUUUAUGCUGUCGCAGUAUCUUUGUCAAUUGCUAUGUUUAUUUGCAGGCAAGAAAAGUAUUUAAAACAGAAAAUCUCUAGUUUGGUUAGUUCUUCACAAGAUGGCAUUUUCUCCAUUGUACAUUUUAAAAAACUGAAAUUUCACGUUUUCAGGAAUCCUGAUAGAUAACAGUCGUUUGAGUAUUGUUUCUUUAAACCUUUCAUUUAAAAUUUCAGGGUAUUUUUCUUCGUGUUUUUUUUUUAAAAGAAAGCUAAGUUAACUUGUUAAUUGUUUUAUCUGUUUUGCAUUUUGACUGUAAAAUUGCUCAAAUGUUGAUUGUAUAUUCCCUUCUAACACUGCAUUGUUAGUAGCUAUUUCCAUGUUAUGUUAAGCUUUUAGGAAAAUUUAUAGACGUUUUGAUUUUAUUUAUUGAUAAAAAAUGUUAGAUUCCUGAUAUGAGAAAUUUCAGAGCCUGAGUUUUGGUCACGGAAGCAGAAUAAGUAAUGAGUAUUGAAGGAACUUGGAGAAAAAAAAAUGAAGCAUCAAAGAAAGAAGGCCAGUUGAGGCUGGAUUGUGCUGUAAUGUAGAUUUGUUUAUUUUCGUUUAAUAUAUUUAUUGGGUGGUGACUGUUUCUUGCUUUUUGUGAAUUCAGUGGAGCUAGUCUUCUUUCCUCAUGUUUUGUGACUGAGCUCUAUAGACCCAUUGCAAAGAGCGCCCUCACUUGGGGCAGUUUUUGUCCCUCUGUGGUGCGCAUGAGGAGGCAUUUUGUGGUGUCAUUGCCACUGAAUUUGAAUGGCGAAACCUUUCGUCAGCGAGGGCGCUUUUUGCAGGGGUCUGUUCUCAAGAGGGCUCAAAAAAAGAAAAAGAAAAUCUGUACCAAUCUUGACUUGAAUAGGUCGUAGACACAGCAGUCAUCUAGGACAGUGUUUCUGUAAUGAGUGUACCUUUCGUUCAUUCCUCGUAACUGCAUGAAAAAAGAAACAAUAAAAAAGAUCCACAAGUCUGAAAAUCACUGUCACUGAUAAGGUUCGUCAUAAUUCAUUGUCAUUUCAUGCGUUGCCAUGGAGAUAAAUUAUCUUCAGGUGUACCAUUUGAUCCACCCAGUCACAUGGACGAAACUGUCCAAUCAGCCAAAAGGAUGAAUACAUGUUGCUGCAUAAUUGUCUGUAGCUUGACACAAUUUUAGGCAUUACCUUUACGUAAGUUGUUAUUGGCCCACUGAUGACCACGUGACUUCUUUUUGCCUUUUUUUCAUUAUUAGUUAUGUAUUGGAGUAAGACACAGCUUGAUCGACCAGCCAUGCUUUUGUAUGAAAACUGUUUUUAGUUAGACAAAAUUGUACAUGUAUAUACAUUUUGUAUCAGUGUUCCAACACUGCCAUAUGGGUGCUAACAAAAAAAAGUAGUGUUUUUAUUUACUCAAAUAUUUUUGUAGGAAGUAUGUAUUUAAAAUUGCAACUGUUGUGUUUAUAAAUUGAGCAACUUUUUUUUUAAAGCAAACAAGCUAUCCUAACUUCCUAAAGUUUUAUUUUGUAUAAAAUCUUCUCCCGUACAUGUAUUUAAAUUUUGUAGUAUACCCCAAAUGUUGUUUUACGUUAUAGCCUAAAUUAUCUAUUAAUUUACCAUGCGUAACGUGUUGUGAAAUAUAGUAAAUAUUGAUUUUUUUAACCCAAAUCACCAAUUGUCGGUGGUUUUCGCUAACGAUCUUCCAAACCCUACUUCCGGAAGACACUAACUUUGCUGCCUCUAUUAUAUCCCUAGAAAAAUGUUAUAUUAAUUUUAUUUUUUGCUCAUGAACUUGAAUCUCAUGUGUCCUUUUUUUUGUUCAGAUUGCGAGUGAAACAAACCCUGUUGACAACAUAAUGGGGUGGUUGAAAAUGGGAAACUGUUCUUUUUUUGUUAUGGCUUCAGUAGAAGCAUGGGAUCGCUUGGUUUUAUUUUUGUAUUCUUAUGUACCAAAUAAUUUCAGUGAUUUGUAACAGCAUUUUUUUUGAUUUUUGAUUUUUUGGGAGGAGGGGGGUGGUAUUUGCAUAAUUGUUGUUAUGAAAUUUUCAGCUUGUAACACACAACUACCCUGGUUUUGAAAAUUGUUUUAUUAUAAUUUUUUUUUUUCAAUUUGUGUAUGCCAAGAUACAUGACGGACAUGUAAAUAAAAUCACCUGGGGAAACAUA